AGCAAGUACCUUUAAGGCAGUGAAUGUAGAACAAGUUUUCGUUAUAUGCCAUUUUUCUUUUCACUAAACAAAAUGGUGUACAAGGAUAUUUUAUGGAAAGUGGUGGCCCUUUUCUGCAUUAGCCAGGUACUUGCAGAUGGCCCAAUAUGCUAUCAGUGUGAUGACGUGCCGGCAAUAAAAGACUGUAGCCAGACCAUCAUGUGUGGAGAACACGAAAAAUGUGCUACUCAUCUAUACAUUGCCUCAAACCUUCGACAAUACUACCAACUCGGCUGCAUUGAUGCAAAUGUUUGUUCAAAGAACCAGGAAUCAUUGUUUGGUUUUGGCUUUAUGGGGCUCGCAUCUUCACCAUCCAUGGUUGGGAAACGCUCACUUCCGCAUUCAUUGGAACCUGACGUCAUUAGCCGAAAAUCACGUGCCUCGGAGGACAUGCUUCUAUGUUUGGAAUGUGCCGCUUCGAAUCUUACAGUGCAAGUCAACCAGUGCGGUUCACCACCCACGACAAACUUGAGAUGUUUCUCUAGCGAUGAUGUAUUGAGACCAAGAGACUCCGAUCGAAUCAUUGAGUGUAGUCAGGACGAGCUCUGUUUCGCUCAUAAAACCCCAAUCGAAGUAGACAAAGGUACAUUCCGCUAUCAACUGGGAUGCCAGUCAAAACAGGUUUGCAGGGCAUUUUCUGCUCCCACUGCACACCUAAGCAUUGGCUGUGUGAAAUGUUGUGACCACAGUUAUUGUAAUUUGGCUGUAUGCACUGAAAACGGAACUGAGUGGACGGGAGAAACCACAACAAUUGCACAAACUACACCUGCAGCCGUGACCGGAAAUGGACCACUUACAGUGACUAUUGAAGGCAACAGAACCGGAGAAUAUCUGAAACCACUUUCACUGCGAUGUGUUGCGAACAAACCGACAACAAGACUAGUAUGGAAUCACAAUGGUCGUUCAGAUAUUUAUCCAGAUGGUGUGACGGUGAAUGGUGAUACGUUAAACAUCGCUAGUCUCAACAUUACAAACCUUGGACCAUAUGAGUGUACGUUGAUUUCCGGGCAAUCAUUUGGAAAGGCCAACGCUACACUACAGAUUAAAGUUGAAGCGGCCAAGGUCAUACACGUCAGUCACUCAUUGGAUAGCAACGCCCAUGUUCUCUCCUUUGGAUGCGAAUACGUGGGUUUCCCACCACCAACCAUUACAUGGACCUUCCAUCAGACACCUGGAACAGUUGUCACCAAUCCUAGCUUCUUGGCUGUUACUCCAGACGGUACAAGCGGGAUUGUGUUAAAUUACGACCCAGCACUGCAUGCGGGGACGUACAGAUGUUCAGCGAACAGCCUGCUUAACGCUAGCCCGAGUUAUAAUACUACAACUGUGAAUUAAAGGGUUGGAAUCCUGGUUCACGGUCUUGUUUUGGUUUAAAUGUUCUCAGAUAAGAAGAAUAAAUAACAGCAAUGAUA